AUGGACGAGAUUUCCCCCAAAAAGAGCCAUAUUUCGGACAAAAAUGUGUCGCCCUUCGAGCCGAAUAUGGAGGAAAUUGGAUCCACUGUUAGUCUGGAUUUAAGCCAAGACGUUACGAAUGCAUCCCCAGUGCUGCCACUACCAAAAGAAGAUCUCACAGCUUGGAUUCAAGUUUUUGGAGCGUUUUUUCUCAACCUGAACACUUGGGGGUUAAUGAGCGCGUAUGGUCAAUUCCAAACCUUCUACCAACUCGAGCUCCUAACCUCACAAUCUCCCUCCAACAUCUCAUGGAUCGGGUCGACACAGGCGUUUCUUAUGUUCCUCACAUCGAUCAUUGCCGGCCCAAUCUUCGACGCUGGCUAUGUCAACACCUUGCUCUGGACUGGCUCCUUGCUUACCGUUCUCGGUAUGUGCUUGACGAGCAUUUGCAAGGAGUACUGGCAAGUCUUUCUUACCCAGGGCAUUAUUAUGGGUGUGGGAUUCGGCUUGAUGUACCUGCCAGCGCCAGCUGUGAUUGCUCAGUAUUUCCAUAAGAGAUCUGCUCUCGCUAUGAUAAUGUCAUCAACUGGCACCGCCAUUGGUGGAAUAAUUUACCCGAUUACCUUCGCUCAACUCCAACCCCGCAUAGGUUUUGGCUGGGCAACUCGAGUACUCGCAUUCAUAAUUCUGAGCACGUCGCUUGUUCCUCUCGCUGUGAUGAAGCCACGCAUAAAGACAUCCACAAAGCGUAUCUUCAUUGAUGCUUCUGCUUUCCGGGACGUGCCAUAUAUGCUACUGAAUCUUGGCAAUCUCUUCGGCUUUAUGGGCCUAAAUAUCAUUCUGUACUAUAUCCAGCUCUAUGCACUUGAAGAGAGUAGCGUCUCGCCCGCACUGGCUAGCUAUCUUCUCGUCAUUAUCAACGCUAGCUCGUUGAUUGGGCGACUCAUUUCAGGUCUUUGCGUAGACAGGCUGGGCCCCGUCAAUGUUCAAACCGCUGUUGUUCUUUCCAGCGCGGUGUUGACAUUUUGCCUCCUCGCGAUCAAGAACCCUCCCGGAUUAGUGGUUUAUAGUGCUCUUUAUGGAAUCUCGGCGGGCCCAUUUAUGGGUCUUCCGUCCGCAGGGGUCGUGAGAAUCUCCCCAGAUCCGAGCAAAUUUGGGAUUCGCAUUGGCAUGACGCUGGCCUUUGUGGGGUUUGGCGUGCUAGUGAGUAACCCCAUUGCCGGCGCACUUCUUGCGGAUCGAGGUAGAUGGACUGGGCUCAUUGUCUGGUGUGGGGGGUUAUUGGCAGCAGCAAGCGUGAGCAUGGCAGCGAGCCGGAUUGCGAAGGUUGGAAUUAAACUAUCAAGUGUACUAUGA